CCUGGAACGAAGUGACUGAGAUGGAUGUCAGGAACGGAUGGAACAACCUUUUCCCGCAGGACAUCUCGGCGAUGAAUAUUGACUAUGACCUGCAAUCGGAUGCAUUCUGUGAGAUGAUUCGCCAGCUUCCGGGACAGGAAGAGCUAACGGUGGAAGAUAUGAAUAAGUGGUUGAACCAAGAUGACAAUGAACUAGGAUGGAAAAUUCUGUCGGAUGAGGAGAUCGUAUCCGGCGUAGAGCUAGAUAAUCAUCAGCAAUUUGAAGACGACGAGCUCAGUGCCAAAGAGAAUGACGAUGGGGCGGAUAUUGCACAAUCACCCAGAGCUGCUCUCGGCUGCGUCGAUGGUCUCAUCGCAUGAUAUCAAACGAGGUGGGAAUGUACACCGGAGCAUCUUCAGUUUCUCGAA